AUGGCUAAUCGGUUAAGUGUGGUGAUGGAGCAAAUCAUUUUGAAGCCUCAAAAUGCCUUCGUUCGGGGGAGGCAAAUUCUUGAUUCAGUUCUUAUUGCCAACGAGUGCUUGGAUCAGAGGUUGAAGGAGGGAAAAUCAGUGCUAGUUAAUGGUACUUCAACGGGUUUCUUUAAUAGUUCUUGCGGCUUGUGGCGAGGGGACCCGUUGUCUCCAUUUCUUUUCGUUAUUGUUAUGGAUGCACUUGGCAGGAUGGUGAAGGCAGUUGUAGAUGGUGGCUUUAUAGCUGGUUUUUCGGUGGGCAAUGGUACUUAUGGUUAUGUCAUGAUCUCACAUCUUUUAUUUGCAGAUGAUACACUUUUCUUUUCUGAAGCGGAGGUGGGUCAAAUUCAAGCUAUACAAGCACAUUUGUUGUGCUUUGAGGCCUGA